CUCCUCUUUCUCUCUCUCUCUUUGCCUUUUCUUUUUGUUUUUCGUGAACAAGCGUGUGCCAUGGCCCCGCCGUAUACUUACCCAAUCUCGGGCAUUGUCUACUUUAUUGCUCACCCUCAGCUAUGGCUUAAAGUACUUUGUCCAUUCCUGUUGACCUUGAUCUUUGGCAUCAUUUCCCUGGUCCUGUCAUUUGUAUUCUUACUUCCCUUGCAAGCCAAUGCACUCAUUGAAGCCGGCUGUCCCAACUGGUUGGCAUGGAUCGUGUCGGUCAUUUUCGUGUUGCUCGAAUCGGCUAUUUUCGACGUUAUCUUUUUCGCUAUCCUCAUACCCUUUUUCCAGGACGCUCUAUUUGAUGCGACACUUAAGGCACGUGGCAUGUCACGUAUGUUUGAAACCCGAGUUCAAGUGAAUGGCAUGCUUUUAUGCUGUCGAGGCGUUUCUUCUGGCCUUGCUCUCGUAUGGUUCCUUGUGUUGGCUCAGAUCGUUGUAUGGAUCCUUACUGCACCAUUACAUUUGAUUCCUGUAGUUGGCACAGUGAUCGCUUGUUACAUCAACGGAUGGCCUGCAUGCUGGGGCCAGCAUAUUCACUACGACAUCGAGUUCCGUGGAUUCAGCGUCUCGGAAUCCCGCCGAUAUGCAUGGCAAAACCGCGGAGCGUACUGCAGUUUUGGUGUAGUGGCUGUAGCACUCGAGCUCGUCCCGAUUUUCAACCUGCUUUUCAUGUGGACCAAUGUGGUGGCUGCAGCAUUGUGGGUUGCGGACAAGUAUGAAAAGAACGAACGAGAGAUCGCCAAGCACCAGCGCCACCCGCAACAGGGCAACUCUGGCAAUACUUCGGUUGCAUCGAUCUACCCCUCAGUAAGAAGCCCAAGCUCUUUCGUGCCAUCUGUGGAGAGCGAGCAUAGCCGCUUACUGAAUCAUGCCAGUAAUCCGGGCGUAAAGGACGGGUAUGGAUCUGCUACGGCUUAAAAAACUCCCCUUUACCCUAUCCCACCAAAAAGAGAGAAUGGUCUCCUCUACUUGUAUAGUAUGGCAUACAUCUCCCAUAUACGUACUCUCGCUCAUCGCUGGAUGCAUUGAAACCCCAAGUUGAUACCCUCUUUUUUUGUGUUUUUGUAAGAAUAUAUUAUUGAUAGGA